UACCGAGAGAACAUUACCACGGGGCCUUGUUUAAUAUUAUUCUACCAUAUAUAGAAUGGCUGCGGCGCACACCUGAGUACGUUCGACCAGUUGCUUACCCGUCACUGCAUUAUUGACAACUCAGUCCCUACUCCACUACUCACGAUGAUGUACGAACUGACAGAUACCGACCAUAUCCUCACCAAGGCGCGGUACGGUAACCCUCGGAGACCUCUACUUAUCUGUGGACUUGUCGCCCUGGUACUGGGACUCGUUUUUGGUCUUCUGAUCGGUCGCUUUGGGCUGUGUCCGGAUAACGAACCAGCAUCUGCCACACAGAAAGAUGGAGUAUUCCUACCCGGUGUUUCAAAACAGAUCAUCCAAGAUGGCGACCCAUCGAUUAGUGAUCUUCUCAUCAAUAGCAUCAGCAGUGAAAACAUCAGGCAAUAUCUCAAAGACCUGUCUGAGUUACCUCACCUGGCGGGGACGGAUGCUGACUUCCGCCAGGCGAAACAGCUACACGACUUCUGGAGACAAGAGGGACUGGACGAGGUCUACGUCACACCGUAUGACGUCUUGUUGUCCUACCCGAACGUCACUGAUGACGACAUGAUGAACCGGAUAGAGUUGCUCAACGCCACCGGUGGUAUAGUAUACCAAUCUCCACUAAGGGAAGCAAUCCUUCGCCCGAGCGAGAACAAGAGUGGCGUGGUCCCACCAUUCAAUGCCUAUUCCCUCCCAGGAGAUAUAUUAUCGGAGCGUCUCUUCUAUGUGAACUACGGUAGAGUAGAGGACUACAAUGCUUUAAGUACCAACAUCUCCCAAAAUAUCAACGGAAGUAUUGUCAUAGCUCGGUACGGCAAGAUUUUUAGGGGCGACAAGGUCAAACAAGCAGCCCUACGUGGAGCCAUUGGCAUAAUUAUCUUCUCUGAUCCAGCUGACUACACAUUGGAUGGAGAUACGUCACGUGUUUAUCCAAAUGACUGGUGGCUCCCUCCAUCGGGGGCACAACGUGGUACAACAUAUCUGAAGAAUGGCGAUCCUUUGACUCCAGGCUAUCCUGCAAUAGAGACGGCGUUCCGAAUCCAAGCCGACAGUCCAGAGGCUGGGCUGCCCACUAUUCCAGUUCAUCCCAUCGGGUAUGGAAUUGCCCAGAAGAUCCUCGAACAGAUGUCUGGUGAUGAGGUCCCGGCGGAUUGGCAAGGAAAGCUUAACCUUACGUACAGAUAUGGCGGUGAAAUGAAGGAGACUGGAUGGAAGAUUCGGAUGUUCAUUUCUACUCAGAAUGAAAUGCGUAGGACAUAUAACGUAUUUGGUAUUAUCCGGGGAGCUAUAGAACCAGACCGGUACGUGUUGAUGGGUAACCAUAGAGACGCGUGGGUAUUUGGCGCUAUUGACCCAUCAAGUGGUACGGCCGUCAUGAAAGAAGUUUCAAGAGUAAUGGGAAAUCUUGUAAAACAAGGAAAAUGGCGACCACGACGAACCAUCAUAUUUUGUAGCUGGGGCGCGGAGGAAUACGGACUAAUUGGUUCCAAUGAGUGGAUAGAGGAAUACGUGAAGAACCUAGCAGCUCGUUCCCUUGCUUACAUCAACGUUGACAUAGCUGUUGAAGGAAACCACACCAUAGCUAUAGAAGGAACUCCCCUCAUGUAUCGGAGUCUGUACGACGCCACCAAAAAGGUAAAAAACCCUAAUCCAGAGGACAUUGCCAAAGGCCUGCCGACAGUGUAUGAUAAAUGGGUCAAUACCAGUGCUGUAAACGGCUCUUCCAAACCCAAUAUACCUUCACUUGGAGCCGGAAGCGAUUAUGCCAGGUUUGUGCAGUUUGCGGGACUUCCCUGUGCCGACAUAUGGCAUGCGUACGAUGAAAAAAAGUAUCACCUUGGGUCUUAUCCACUAUACCACUCUGUGUACGAGACCUUCUACGCCAUGGACGAGCUCAUAGACAGAGGAUUCAAGCGCCAUGUGGCCAUUGGACAAGUGGUGUCAGAAAUAUGUCGUAAUUUAGCGGACAGCCUCAUCGUGCCUUUCGAUGUCAUUGAUUUUGCAAACCAACUCGGCAAACUGGUCCUUAGUCUGGACAAAGAUUAUGGCAAACUACUCAGAGACAAUGGCGUUCAGUUUGAGUGGCUCCAACAAGCAGUUCAUAACUUCACAGCUGAAGCCGAAAAAUUCAAAGGUUUAGUAGACAACGUCAAUAGAAACAACCCAUUUGCCAUUCGACAAAUCAAUGACCAGUUGAUCCAACUGGAAAGAGCCUUCAUGGACCCCGCUGGACUCCCGGGGAGGCCACUCACUAGACACAUUCUGUUUGCCGAGAGCAGUGUGGACAGCUACUCUGGUAGCAGUUUCCCAGGUCUGGUGGACGCACUAUUUGAGAUAGAGAAAGCACCGCCUGCUGACCGUGAACAGAGGUGGAAUGUAGUAAAGAAGCAUUUCUCCGUUAUUGUAUUCACAGUGGGGUCAGCUCAGUCCACUCUAAGGGAAGUUACCAAGUUCAUGCCGGACUGAUUUAGGAAUGAUCACCUAACUUCCAUACGAUCUCAUAAUUUUACAAAGCGAAUAAAUCCAUUUGCAUAUAACACUUCCAUAACACGAAGUGUAUUACUCUAGAAUUUCCAUGUGCAUUGUAAUCUUACCUUACAACGACUGCAUUUUUACUAAAUUGCCCAGUGAACCAAUAUUAUGAAAAUAAUAUGUAAAUAGAUUUGUAUGUUGUAUACGGAUAUUUUUGUUGUUGGUCGAAUAAAUUGAUUUUGGUUGUAAUAAAAAGUAGAUAAUGGUCAUUAGCAAUGCAUUAAUAUCGAGAACAGUUGCGACCAAUUGAAUGAAAAUUUUGUAACUAUGGUGAUUUAUGGGACAAUUAUUCAACGAAAAAAAUGUUGAUUCUUGGCUGUGCAAGAAUUAUAGAACCAAAUUAUUUGAAGCAUACUGUAAAUUAUUCUGUAAACAGGACAUAGUGUGUAUUAUUUUCAUUUGUGAUUGUGGACAUGCGUGUUUUGACAUGUGCGUGCGUGCGUGCGUGUGUGUGUGUGACAGAGAGCGACAAUGAUUGCCAUGAGGGAGUAUAUGUUUGAAGGGAGAUAACCAUUUCCUCAAUGUGUACUUACUACCCAGUGUGACGAUCACAGAAUGGACAUAUCGGGCAGUCCGACACAAUCCUCAAUGGUUAGAGCGUCAAUACAUGUAUCGAAAAUGACACUAAGCAUUUGGAAAACGCCUUAUAUUCUAUUUUUAAAACAAUACAAUCAAGGACGGAGAAUACUAAGCAGUUACGAACAAGAAAAUUAUAUUUUCAAUUUCUAUAUUUUCUUGUCAUAUUCAGAUCAUGUAUGUGAAUGUAACACAUAAAUAUUCCCUAUUGAUAUUAUAUAAAUACUUCAACUCAACAAAAGCAUUGUAUAAUUUUCUUGUUUUUAAUUGCCUAUAAAGAAGUCCCCAAACCUGUCCCCAAAUUCUUCAAUUACAACAAACAGUGGUUUGAGACUUUGAUAUUUAUUUUAAUUUUAUUCGCAUGAUUUGAUAAUGAAUGAAAUAUGAUGUGUUAUUUUUAUUUUUGUUGUUGCAUUUACCACAGCAAAUACUUGUUAUUUCUUAACUAAAUGUCAUCUUAUUGUUCUAUAUCAACAAUCUCCUCAUUGUCAAUACC